AUUUGUCGAUAUGGCGGAUUGGCAACCCCGCAACUUGCCCGCAACCCCUAUGGCUCAAUUCACUCAAUAUACCCUGCCCCUAUGGCCCCUAUGUGAUGUAAACGCCGCUAGUGUUUACGGCUUUGGCCUUGCCAUCUGGGUACAUGUUACGUUGGAUGAAGAGCUUGCCACGAUGUACUGCCUUCAGUGGCUCAUACCGGUGCUGCUCAUACCGAAGCCUCUGAACCCGGCAAUGCUUCACAACCACAUCAUGUUCGUCAUACUCUACCUGGUUGGCUUUUUCUUGGAGAAGAAGCCCUGCACCAUCUGCAGUCUGGUGUUUUUCGCAGCGGUCCUCUUGAUUUGCUAUUCCGGCAUCGGUAACUGCCUAUUCUGGGGCACCAACUGCGACUCGGUUGUCUGUGACAACGGCUAGUGUGGGGUGCCGAGAUGGGCGGCAGGGCGCGGCGCUCGCCGGUACAACGGCUAGUGUGGGGUGCCGAGAUGGGCGGCAGGGCGCGGCGCUCGCCGGUACUUGUGAUACACGAUGUGGUCUGGGCCGACGUGCCCGGCUGGUGGCGGCACCGGUCUCCUGGCGACCACCGGUCCAGCUGGUCGCCAGGCCGCCUCGCCGUAUGACCUGUGCUGAGAUGUUUGUGGGAAGGUUGUUUGCGACUGUGUAUGUAUAUCCAACUGAGCCUAGUCUUGAUCUGUGAAGUGCGGCGACGUGAAGCGAGAGUCGGUGUACCUGCUUCGGACGGCUGUGCUCUAGUGUUGCGGCUCGAGUAUUGUGGCGCUGGGAUGGACUCCAUCCGGCCCGAUGGCCGCCAUUGAACCGACCGGGCGGGGCCAGCCUGCAGGCACUGCCAAACCAGUCAGCACCGUCUUUCGUCUCCCCCACCAGACAAAUGUUCUGAUCCCCGAUAUCUAGGCGUCAUACUUUUGAGAUGUAAAUGUUGGCGUGUCUGAGUUGUGUCUCGUGGUCCAUAAGAGCUGGCUGUUAUUUCUGGGCUCUCAUUGACCUGAGACGAAUCCCAUUGCUUUUCGUACCUACGUGCUAGACUGAUGAUGCGUGCUGGUUCAGUGUCUUGAGAGAGCCAUUAGAAGUGGACUUAUCCUUUUUCAUUCACGUGUGAGCGACAACUUAAACUGCUCUGACGUAAUACACAUCAUUCGUCUUGCG